AUGACAUUUCGUAAUCUAUUGUUUUGUUCAAAGCCUUCUCCUUCUCCGAAUCCUUUCAUCCUUCCAGCAACAACAACCAAUGCUAAUAAUAAUUCAUCUCAGGAAGGAACCAACAAGACUUCUGAAUUUGAUCAAAUUCCAGAUGAAAUGUACCGAAUUAUUGAAGAAAUCAUUAAUAAUUGUGAUGAAGAUAUAUCUGAUGUACAGUAUCAUUCAAAAACGAAUCAAGAUGAUGAAAGUAUGAUUCAAGACUUUGAUGAUGAAUUUUCAAACAAUUCCGAUGAUUCAUCUUCAACGUUUGGCAGUGAUUUCACUGUUCCAGAGCCAAGUCAAAUUCUUCCUCAACCACUUCAUCAUCAACAAGUGGCAACACAUUUAAUUACAAGUCCUGAUGGCUCUCUUGAAUUUGAAAUGAUUCUUCCACUCCGAUAUGAACCUGUCAGAGAUGAAAGUACUGGUUGUGUGAAAAUUCUUGGACAAGGUGGUUAUGGAGUGGUGAUUGCGUGUUGGGAUAAAUUUCGUCCAAUUACAUCCUCCUCCACAAAUUCAUCAACAACAAGUCAGAGUCCACCCUAUCAAAUGGUUGCUGUGAAGAAAGUGAGAAAUGUUUUCGAAAGUGGAGCUCCCUAUCGAAUGUUAAGAGAAAUUAAAAUUAUGAGACAUUUGAGACAUCAUGAAAAUAUUGUGGAACUAGUGGAUGUCUUUAUUUCGACUCAUUCAAGAAAUGUGCCAUACUGUUUGAAAGAACUUCAAGAUUUAUAUAUUGUGAUGGGAUUAAUGCAAGAUGGUGAUUUGAAAAUGUAUUUAAAUCGGCUAGGAAAGAAAAAGCAAUGUGUCUCGAUCGAAUUUGUGAAAAAUAUAAUGCGUCAAUUAGUGAGUGCUAUGGAAUAUAUGCGAUCCUUUGGUGUGUUGCAUCGAGAUUUGAAACCUGCCAAUGUAUUGGUACAGACCCAUUCUACUCGUGAAGCGAAUAAUGACGAACACGAAGGCAAGGACCUUGUUCAUGUGAGAAUUUCUGAUUUUGGAUUAAGCACAAGUGAAACCGACCAUCCAGGACAAUCACCAAAUUCCAUGUACGUGGUCACACGUUAUUACCGAAGUCCUGAAGUCAUUUUACAAUAUGACACUCAGACCAGUAGUGUUGAUUCUUGGUCUCUAGGAUGUAUUUUUGCAGAAUUACUAUACAUGUUGGGUCCUAAACCUAUUCGAAGACCUCUCUUCCUCGUUCAACAAAGUGGUCAAGACAUGAAAGGCAUCAUUGAGCAUUUAAACUUAAUCACAUGCCUUUUAGGAAAGCCAAAGGACCUUAACGAUAUUAAGGGCUCAGAUGGAGCUCGUGAAUUUUAUGAACAACAUUUUUAUGAAUUCUCUGAAGAAGGUGUGGAUUUGAAAGCCAUCUUUCCAUCCGCUCCAGAAGAAGCUCUUGAUUUACUGAGAGAAUUUUUGCAGUGGAAUCCAGAAAAACGAAUCACAUUUGCCAAUGCAUUGUGCCAUCCGUUUUUGGCUCAAGAAGAGGAUGCGAGUGUGGAAAACAUGCACCUAUCCUCAUUACAUCUUGAUGCUGUGAAUCAAACUCGUUCAACUCAUGAUGAAAAGAAUGUUGAAACUCAUCCUACAGCUUGUCAACAACAAACAACCAAGCCCGCACAGCAUCAUCGAAUUGAAUUCAAUUUCCAAACGAAAUGUGAUGCUACAACUCUUCGUUAUUUGUAUUACAAGGAAAUGAUGUAUUUCAAUCGACGAGUGGUGUUGAUGAAAACUCAAUAA